GGUAGGCAAGAAGAUAAAUAGGCUGUCCUGCGCCGUUGGAAACUCGGAGCAGCAAGAUCGAUUCUCGUCACCUUCAGAACAACCUUCAGACACGACACAACCGGCACGACCGUCGAACUCGGCACAGCCUUCGAACUCGGCACACUCAGCACAACCUUCCGGCACGACUCAAAUCCUACCAUACUGCCCGUUCACUUCAACAGACAAACAUGAAGAUCUCGGUCAUGCUGGCUAUCCUUGCCACCAUCACGGCUCCGGUGCUCGCGGCUCCGCAAGACUUGGUGCAGCGAGAGGAAAUGGCCCUUGAGAGAUAUGCGACAGCGUUCAAGCGGAUCCGAGAGGAAGUCGCGACCACGCAAGACUUGCCAAAGCGAGAGGUGGACAAACUCGCGUUCAAGCGAAUGGAAGAAGAACUCGGCCAGAGUUUGAGCAAGAGGCACUUUGAUGGAUGUGACUUCUGUCUGGCCACAGAAGGCACUGGUCCGGUUCCUGGAACGACCUAUUCUAUUUGCUGCUGCCAAGGCUGUGCUUGUUAUGGCGGUAAACAUUGCUAAGUGAGAACAGCUGGGGAUCAUUUGGACUGCAGAUAGACGAUGAUCGGGCAAAGACCAGGCGCUUCUGUGCUUCGAUUCAACAUCGACGAUGUCGUCGUUGCGGUCCUAGUCUAGUAGAUAGCUCUCCUUUGUGCGUAUGACGGGUGGACUAACUGACGGCAAAUUACUCAAAGGAUAUUUCGAAUCUAAUAAGCCAACGGAACUUACG